AUGUCUGAGGGCAACCCUUUCAGGGGACUGCCCCGUCUGCGGAGGGCCGCGACCUCCUUCCCAGGGAACCUGCACCUGGUCCUGGUGCUGCGGCCCACCAGCCUGCUCCACAGCCCCGGGACCCCCUCCUCCAGCGGCACCGACCUGGGCUUCCGCUUCAGCCAGGACGACUUCCUGCUCAAGAUGCCGGUGGUGAUGCUGAGCUCCGUCACUGACCUCCUGCGCUACAUUGACGAGAACCAGCUCAACUCCGAGUUUGCCGGAACACUAGAGUAUUGCCAUAGCGACUGGGUUGUCCUCCGCACGGCGAUCGAGAGCUUUGCGGUGACGGUAAAAGACAUCGCUCAGCUGCUGCAGGCUUUCGGCUCGGAGCUGGCCGAGACAGACCUGCCUGACGAGGCCGAUGCCAUCGAGCUCCUCCUCCGCUCGCACACCGACAAGUACCGCCAGAUGAAGGAUGACAUCAGGAGUGUGACGAAGGAAGGGCGCAACCUGUUGUGUAACCUCGAGACGGCCAAGUCGGCCCAGAAGAGCGGGGCUGAGGACAGGGAUGUCAAGCAGGACAGGGACACUGUCCAGAGGUUGCUGGCCCAGCUCAGGGACAUGGAGAUGGCGUUUGACGGCUUCUUUGAAAAGCACCACCUGAAGCUGCAACAGUAUCUUCAGCUGCUCAGAUAUGAGAUCAGCUUCCAUGAGAUGGAAGACGUGCUGGAGCGUCUCUCUGCUCAGGAGAAGGGGCUGGCGUCUGUCGGAGCUACAGUGGCUCAGAAUGAACAGCUUCUGAAGGACCUGGAAACACUGGACCUCCAUGCUGAAGAGGAGAUGGGCCGAGCCCAGAUCAUCAUCCUCCACGGUCACCAGCUGGCGGCCAGCCACCACUACGCCAUGUCCCUCAUCGUACAGCGCUGCAACGAGCUACGACAUCACUGUGAUGUCAUCACCACCGCCAUCCGAGCCAAACGAGCCGCCCUGACCCGCUCGCGCGACCUGCUACUGCGUCUGGAGGAGGCUCUGCACUGGUGCGACCAGGGAGCCUACCUGCUGGCCAGCCAGCUGAUUGACAGGUUCCAGUCUAAGGAGGGGGCGGCGGCAGCCCUGAGAGACAUCGAGCGCUUCCAGGAGGGGGCGCCCUCCUUCCUCGGCCACUCCCCCGACGGCCUCAGCCUGGAGUUUGAGGCUGUUCUCACCCCUCAGCUACAGUCUCAGAUUGGCAUGGUAACAGAGAAGGUGGGUGUGGUCCAGGGGAUGGUGCAGACUCGGCAGGCGUGUCUGAGGAAGCUGGCUGACAUCCAGGCCCGACCCAUCCAGCUGGUGGCUCCCCGCCCAGAACACACUGAGAAGGCCUGCAGGUCUCCCCUGUUCUCCCCCAAACACAGUAUGGACUUCAACUCUGUGCUCAACUCCCGAUUCUCCUUUGACCUUUUACCCGGCAAGAGGGCGUCCCGCCGAAGUCCCAGUGCACGCAAGAUUGAGGUGAUGCAUGAUUACCAUGACAACCGCAGCUGUCUCACCUCAGACUCCGAAGCGGACGAGAGUCCUGAACAACUCAAACGCCUCAUCAUGAAGGAGCUGAUUGAGACCGAGAGACUGUAUGUGGAGGAGCUGCUGUCUGUGCUACUGGGUUACAGGGCAGAAAUGGAUAAUCCCUCCCUCUCCUUCUUGCUGUCCUCUGACCUCCGUAAAAAGAAAGAGGUCCUCUUUGGAAACAUCCCAGAGAUCUACCAGUUCCACAGCAGGGUGUUCCUGCAGGACCUGCAAGGUUGCCUGGAGACUCCAGAGCGAGUGGGCGCCUGCUUCCUGUUAAGGAAAGAGAAGUUCCAGGUGUACGAGCGCUACUGCCAAAACAAGCCUCGAUCCGAGUUGCUAUGGCGACAGUGUUCUGACUCACCCUUUUUUCAGGAGUGCCAGAGGAAGCUGGAGCACAAACUGGGUCUGGACUCGUACCUGCUGAAGCCCGUCCAGCGCCUCACCAAGUACCAGCUGCUGCUCAAGGAGCUGGUGAAGCACAGUGCAGGCAGCCCCUUCCUGUCUGAGCUGCGGGAGGCUCUAGACGCCAUGCUGGAUCUCCUCAAGUCUGUCAACGACUCCAUGCACCAGAUCGCCAUAACAGGAUAUGAGGGUGACCUGAGCCAGCUGGGCAGGGUUCUGAUGCAGGGUUCCUUCAGUGUGUGGAUCAGCUACAAGCGAGCCGCCACCAGGAUGAAGGAGCUGGCGCGCUUCAAGCCCAUGCAGCGCCACCUCUUCCUGUACGAACACGCCCUGCUCUUCUGCAAGCGGCGCGAAGAGGCUGACAGCCACGACCGCAUGCCCUUCUACAGCUUCAAACACUGUCUCAGGAUGAGUGCUGUGGGCAUCACAGAGAACGUGAAAGGAGAUAUGAAGAAGUUUGAGCUCUGGUACAGUGGCCGGGAGGAAGUUUAUGUCGUGCAGGCUGCCUCACUGGAGAUGAAGGUGGCCUGGCUGUCAGAGAUCCGGAAGGUUCUGACCAAUCAGCGGAAACUGCUCCAAGAUGACACUCCUCUCCUCGCUCUUCCAGAGAACCCUCUGUCUCCGCCCUCGGCUGAAAGUCUGGCGCGUGUGCCGGUGUGCAUGCCCUGGAGCGCCGCCCAGAUCGCCGGCUGCUCAGCCUGUCUCCAUAUCCUCCCUCACAGCACGCUGCCCGGCCACGCCCACAGCGCCCCGCAGGCUGGGCCUGGACGCACCAGCCCCACCCUCAGCGAACCUGUGGUCCUGUCACCCCAGCCCAGGUCCAGCCGACGCAGUUGGCCGGGUCCCGCCCACUCGGUGGCCAUCUGUGAAGGUCUGGAGGACUGGACUGCCACAGACCUCUCCAACCUGUCAGACUCUGAGGAGGACGAACAGCCCGCCCCCCUGGUCCCUGGGAGGUACCGGGUCAUGGUCGACAGCAGUGUGUUCACCACGGACACCGAUGACCUCGUCUUUAGGAGCGGUGAUGUCAUCCAGCUGCACCAGGAGGACUCUGAGGGCCAGUGGCUUGUGAAGAACGUGAGUCGCGGGGAAGAGGGCAGAGUUUCCACUGAUUACCUGCAACGGAUUCUGGGAGAGAGCAGUUUGUCCAGUCAGGGGAUGUAGGACAGCUCAACUCUUCAAUCACCACACACAGACACACUCUCACAUAGUCUCACACACAUACAGAACAGUCACACACACACUUACAGAAACACUCAACACCAUCUUCAUCACUCCUCGCCACCAUUCCAUCGAUCGGAGGCCGAGUCUUCCAUGAACGUCAGCCAGGUGGCCAGAUCAGUCAGCUGUCAGAACGUGCAGGUUCACACAGGGGAGUGAUCCUGCUCUGAACCCACAAGAUGACCAGACUCCAGGACAAGGGGCCAAAUGCCACCAGGCCUCCCUGUAGCUGUGGAACGACCAGAGACCAUGACCCCACCUGGGCUUCUCUCCACAGGGAGCUGCCGUCGAGGGUCAGGAUAUGGGAGGAGCUGUCUCCAGGACUACGUACGAGUGAGACUGGUGGAGCACUCUUGUGGUCCUUUACUUUGACAUUGUGACCAUGGGCGAGGACUGUGGUUCAUUUAGUCGUUCAUGACCACACAUCAGGACGUGGGAUAUGGGACAUGUGGAACGAAGGGGAUUUGUUGCAGCGCAGCACCGUGAUGAAUUUCUAUUUUCCUACUGUGUGUGUAAGAUACUGCCCUCCCUGUGUUGAUAUUGAAUCCAUGCAACAUAUCACCUCCACUGGGUCAUGUGCCAAAAAGGCUGCUGUACAAUUCCGCUGCUCUGCUGCUUUCUGCACGGGUUGGGAUAUGCAUGUGUCUGAGUGUUUGUCUGUGUGUGUGUGUGUUUCAGCCCAGCUCUCUAGUCUGGUUUAUCCAGCUGUUUCUGCUCACUGCUCUAGUCUGCAUGAGGGACAGGUAGCCCUGCUGCUGGACUCUGGAGUUGCCUCAGACACUGGUCUGGGAUCAGGCUGCAGGUGGUCGAGUCUGGGACUGGAGAGGACAGGAGCAGAGGAGAACUGAUCCUAGAUCUGUGCCUCGUGGCGACUCUUCAUCCAUGCUUUAUGUUUUUAUCUGCACUGCAGUUGUACGCCAGUAGAGGGUGCUCCUGUCAUACUGACUGUGAUGAAGAACCCACACUUAUGUCAGUGGAUGAAAAAUGAGUUUGCUGCUUUUGCCUAAUUGUACACUAUU